AUGGAAAGCCAUUCUGGCGGGCAAAUAUUCGCAUUAGAGACUGAGAUGAUGUCUACCAUGACCACAAGUACACCUAUGGAAAGGACUAUUGCGAAUGAAGCGAACAUAGGUCGAGUGAAUACAGACAAAGUGGGCUCAAAGAAUGGUGAGAGCAAGAAGUCGUCUAUCACAGUGGCCGUUAGGGUGAGACCUUUCACAACAGAAGAAGAGAGCAAAUUGAUAGUCAACGAAGAAGAUGCAUUGUUCUUAGGAGGCGGAUCUUUCAGUGUAAAUACAACGUCAAAUACGCAUUAUAAGAAAUCCAUCAUGAUGCCCAAGGGUAUACGAAAGAUUAUUGACGUUGUUGAUGAUAAGAUGCUUAUAUUUGAUCCACUGGAAACCAAUCCGCUUACAAAGAUGCAAAGGAAUGCAUUUCCCAACACCAAACCAACCGCUAGGAUAAGGGAACAUCGUUUUGUAUUUGACAAGCUUUUCGAUGUUCAAGCAUCUCAAGAAGAUGUAUAUCGUGAUACUACAAGGCCCUUGUUAGAUUGUGUUCUCGAAGGAUUCAAUGCUACUGUCUUUGCUUACGGUGCUACGGGUUGUGGAAAGACUCAUACAAUUCUGGGGACACCUGCUAGUCCUGGUGUUAUAUUUUUAACGAUGAAAGAGCUUUACGAGCGUAUUGAAGAAUUGAGAGAUACUAAAUCUAUUGACGUUAGUUUAUCUUUUUUGGAAAUAUACAAUGAGACCAUACGUGAUUUAUUAAAACCAGAGACAGAGUUCAAGAAGCUUGUGCUCAGAGAAGACUCCAAGAAUCAUAUAUCAGUUUCUAAUCUUCUGUCUCGGAGCCCACAAUCGGUUGAAGAGGUCAUGGAAUUGAUACUUCAAGGAAACCAGAAUAGAACCUGCUCACCCACCGAAGCGAAUGCAACUUCAUCUAGAUCUCAUGCAGUAUUGCAAAUAAAUGUCACUCAAAAGAACAGAACUGCUGAUGUUACUGAAACAACUACAUUUGCAACUUUAUCAAUCAUAGAUUUAGCUGGAAGUGAGCGUGCUGCUGCAACGAAAAAUAGGGGAGCAAGGCUCAACGAAGGUGCUAAUAUCAACAAAUCAUUACUUGCGCUAGGAAAUUGUAUAAAUGCAUUAUGUGAUCCCAGAAGAAGGAAUCAUAUACCCUAUAGGGACUCUAAAUUAACAAGGUUGCUCAAAUUUUCAUUGGGAGGGAAUUGCAAAACAGUUAUGAUUGUUUGUAUUUCUGCCCUGUCGCAGCAUUACGAUGAAACCCUCAACACAUUGAAAUAUGCUGACAGAGCCAAAGAAAUCAAAACAAAACUCAUUAAAAAUCAGCAUAACUUGGACCGUCAUGUUGGCUCUUACUUAAAGAUGAUAACAGAACAAAGGCAAGAAAUUGCUGAAUUAAGAGAACGAGAGCUGAGAGUAAUUGAACUGACCUUGAAUAAACAAAAGAUAGUGGAGUCAAAAAAUCUAAAUUUGAUUUUAGAUAAUAUUGAAUCUAUAAAGGCUUCAUUGGCAAAGCAAAACCAGGAUAAAUGGAGAAAAUUUUUUAUGUUAGCAAAGCGGAAAUUAUUACUCAUGCAAAAGAUUGAGUCUGAAACAUUACUAAGUGGUCUCUAUAAAGGGUUACAAGAUAAAAGAAAUAUUCUCGGAGCAGAGGAUAUGAUGAAUCUACUUGAGCAAAUUGUUUCAAAGGCUAAUUCUCAAAUUAAGGACUUGGAGGAGCAAUAUUCUAGCCCAAGUGAAAUUGAUUUUAUUCUCAAUGAAUCCUCGCAGCAAACUUUGAAGAAAUUAAAAGAAUAUGAUGGCUGGUCAGAAUUUCACACUUUAGUGUUUGAAAAGUUGGUAUCUACGCUUGUUCAAUCAUUGGAAAGAGAAGUUCUUUUUAAUUCUUCUGUACUUUUUGACUAUCUUGUAAGUGAGCUUAAUGAAUUUAGCUAUUUGGCAAAACAUUCUGCUGAUCUUUUGAGUGACUUUCUAAUGAAAGAUAAAGAGAACAUAGAUGAAAAAUACAACGUGAAACCGUUAAUAAAUAAACUAACGAAAUCGCUUGAACUUAUCGUUAAUGGGGAAUAUGAUGCCGCAAUCGAAAAGCAUACUACUUCCUUCAUGCAAAGAAAAUUAGAGCAAGAGCUCCGGGGUGUUAAUCAUAGUCAUAAUGGUAUUCCAAGUAACAGCAAUGGUAACUCUGCAUCUGCAUUGCAAAAGGCUAGAGAUUCUAAGAGAGGUCCCUUAUCUCCAUUGAGAUCAUCACCACCUCGUAACUUUAAGAAAACUAUCACUAAAAAGCCUAUCGCUCCUAAACUUUCGCCCUUUAAACUUAAACAAUCUAAGAAAGUUCGAUGGGAUGUUCCCAAUAAUGAUUCUACAAUUGGAGAAAGUGAUUACAGUAUGGAUGACAACACUUCGAAUAAUAACACCUUAUUAAAAAGCGAUCAAGAAGACGAUUCUCCGUUUACAAACAGCAUUCUUACUAAAGCAGUUUUUCAGGACGACUUAGACUUAAAGUUUGACCCAUCACUUAACUCUCCCCCUGUAAAAGAUGCUUCUAGAAAUUUGGGUAAAUCAAAUAGUGACAGCAUCCAGACUGGUAGGAUUAAGCACAGGCAACCAUUUAUGAAUAGGAGAUUAUCAGUUAACCUUGGAGAUCAGAAUCAUGAGUCGCUAUCUAAAUUGCCUUUACUCAACAAACAGGCUAGCACAAAAAUAAUCAACGAAGACUCAACCUCAUCCCCUUCGACUUUAGAUGACAAUUCGGCGCCUCCAUAUAUGCCGAGUCCUUCUCCUUCCAAAAUGCGAUUCAACACUUUAGGUGCUCCUUCAAGAGUCAUAUCGAAAUUCAGUGUUCUGAACAAUAAUGAUAGAGACAUAGAGAGUAAUGGAUCCGAUAAAGUUGAGUAG